CGUGAGUUUGUAAACAAGAGAGAGAGAGCGAGAGUGGAGGAGGACGGCCAUUCUCCCAGCUCAGUAAUAUGAGGCCUUCUUACUUUCCUUUGGCGCUGUUUGCCAACAUCCUGUAUCUGUGUGAGAGCUACACCCUCAGGAGCUCCGUGUCCUGGGUGGUGUCCUCCAACGAUGUGGUGGAGGACGGGGACUUGUCGGAGGAGGUCGCCCCGGCGCUGCUGGUGGACAGUGCGGGGCUGUGGAAGCAGGCGUAUCCGUCCUCCAACGUCCUCGGAGACAGCGUGGAGAGCCCCGGAGAGCUGGUCAAGCCCGAGGGCGACAGCGCCGCACAGCUUUCCUCUCGCCUGUUUUCAUAUCGGUUAGAGAAGGUGAAGAAGUCCGCCAGCAGCACUCCUCCCCCGCACCAAGACACAGCCAAGACUGCCAGAUACAUAUCUCAUUACAGUGACUGGGGGUACCUGGCCACCAUUUCCACUCAAGACAAGAUCAAAGGUCUUCCUUUUGGAAACAUCUUCUCAGUGAGUGAUGGACCACUGGACAACAGCACUGGAGUCAUCUAUUUUUAUGUGACUCCAAUGGACAACACUGUGGCAGACCUGAAAAGCAACCCGUAUGCUUCUCUCACCUUCUCAGAGGCUGAGGGGGAAUUCUGCAGGCAAAUGGUGUAUGAUCCAGAGGAUCCCAGAUGUGCUCGACUCACGCUCACGGGCAAGAUGGUGGAGGUGGCCCCGGAGGAGCUUGCUUUUGCAAAGGAGGCAGUGUUCUCAAGGCAUCCUGUUAUGGCAAAGUGGCCAGUGGGACACAAGUGGUUCUUCAUGAAGCUGGAGUUGAUUCAGAUCUGGCUGCAAGACUGGGUCGGGGGUACAACGCUCAUUCCGCUGGAGGACUACUUUAAAGCUACUCCUUUCUGAGAAUAUCCCUCCGCUUGCAAAAAUGCUGUCUGCCCCACAGAUAUCACUCCAGUAAGGUGUUCACAAAUUCACAAAGCAGAAUGUGCAAAGAAUGUUUUACAUCUUGUUUAAAAUCCUGUUUCAAUUCAUCUGUGAGGCGGGGGUUGUUCUUCACGCCUACAUUUUCUCUUCUUUCAUAUCUUUGUUUGUCACACAAGAUCAGUUACUUGUGUUUGAUGCGUGAAUGUAUUUAUAGUCAAUAAAUGACUUGAACUCCUCA